AUGGUCCAACAUAAUUUAGCAACAGAAGUAGAUAUCAAGUUGAAUGAUGGUAAUACCCUUCCAGCAUUAGGGUUGGGAACCGUACCAUCAGACGAUCCAUCAGAUGUAAAGAAUCAAGUCGUGGCUGCGGUUAAAGCAGGAUAUCGCCAUAUAGAUACUGCGUGGUAUUACGGAACAGAGAAAUAUAUCGGUGAAGCUUUGAAGCAAAUAUUCGAAGAAGGGAUUGCAACUAGGGAAGAUCUCUUCAUCACUUCUAAGGUUUGGCCAUCAUUACAUCACGACCCGGAAAAAUCCUUGAAUAGUUCUUUGAAGGAUUUAGGAAUUGAUUAUGUCGAUUUACUUUUACAACACUGGCCAGUGUGCCUUCAUGGUGAUGCAAACGGUUUACCUGCUACCCCCUUUGAUGCUAAAGGAAAUUUACUAUAUGAUGAUGAUCCUGUGAGUGGUACUGGUUACAUCAAAUUCUACAAUAGAAUUGAAGAUUUGAAAUUCAACAGUAAUAAAAUCAAAUCAGUUGGUGUAUCAAAUUAUUCAGUUCCAAAGUUGAGAGAGCUUUUGAGGAACAGAAAAAGAUAUGUUCCGGUUGUAAAUCAAAUCGAGUAUCAUCCCCAAUUACCACAGAAGGAUCUUGAAAAUUUCUGUGCUGAACAUAACAUUAUCCUCGAAGCCUAUUCACCAGUUGGUGGAACUGGUGCCCCUGUUUUGAAAUUGCCUCUUAUCAACGAGUUGGCAAAGAAGUACGAUGUUUCCGUAAACGAAAUAGCCAACGCAUACCAUCUUUUACAAGGUAGAUCUGCAUUACCUAGAUCUUCUAACUUGGCUAGGAUCAAGGUCAACGUCAGAUUGCCACAAUUAACAAAUGAUGAGAUACAACAACUUUACAAUAUAGGUGACAAGAAACCUGUCAGAUAUACAAACGAUCCUUGGGGUUAUGGUAUUGGAUUCAAAUGGUGGGAAGGAGACACCUUGUCUACUGAAUUCGAUUAG